ACCCCACAAGGGAGCAGCAGCCUCGAGUCCUCCCGCCCCAUCUCUUCUCGGCCAGCACUUGAGCCCAAUCUGCAGCCCAGCAUCAUGGAGGUCCCCGUGGCCGUCCUCGCUGUCCUGUUCUUCACUGGGGCCCUCUCCUCCCUGACCUGCUCAGCCUCCCUGGGUGCUGACACCCCCACCGCCUGCUGCUUCUUCUACAUCUCCCGGAAGAUUCCACGCAAAUUUGUAGAUGACUAUUAUGAGACCAGCAGCCAGUGCUCCAAACCGGCGGUCAUCUUCCAGACCAAGAGAGGCCGGCAGGUCUGUGCUGACCCCAGCGAGGCGUGGGUUCGAGCCUACAUCACCGACCUGGAACUGAACGCCUGAGUGGCCUGGAGGAAGCGGGGAGGCAGCACAUCUGUAGGUGGACGGGGGAGCAAACACCUGAGCCAGGGCUGUGACCCCGCAGUUCUGGAGGCCACCCGUUCUGUGGGUCCUACCCUCAUGCCCAGCCUCACUCUGGGGCCCUUCUUACAUUUUAGUGUAUGUAUCUCAUUUAAUUGUUGUAAUCAAUCUCGUUAAAAAUUAUAUUAUGCAAUGCAUGUUUUCUCUGACAGCCAGUGACUUCCUCUUCACCACCCUUCCCCCUUUUCCUUUCAACUCUUCUCACACAUAAUACACAGAGCAGCCAGUGUGAUUAGCUGUACCAGAGAAAUUAUGCCCAUAUAGAUCUCAAACAACAGGCGCUUACUGAAUGAUUUUGUCCAGCGUGGCUUACAAAUGAUUGAAGGCACUUGUGAUAGUUUUAUUGAUUUUGUUUGCUCAACUAAUCAGAAACACAGAUGGACACAGACCCUGGAAGAAGAGUAGCGAAAUAUGAAAAGAGGCAGACAACCCAGAAACGGGGCAGAGCAGUACUGCAGAUAUACCAGGUGCUCCCUGGAGAUACUCUCCUGAAAAGUUGAACCAGACACUCUUAUUUUAUAAACCAGAUCAUAAGUGAUUUGAUCUAGGAAUAUUUUGUGCCAAGACAAUACCCACUGAUGCACAUAAGUUCAUUUUCUCAUUCAUGCUUUCUUCUGUGUGAUGGCUGACAUUUCUUGAAAGCUUACCGAGUUCUGGGUUCUGUCCUAAGUGCUCCCUUAGGUUAGUAGCAAGUCUAGUGACCCUGCCUGUGGAAGAGCAAAGACCUGGCAGGUGGCUGAGAGCCUUGGUCAGAUUCCGUGCUCACUGCUCAGCUUUGGGGGAGAAUGUUCUUUCUCCAUAUCCAUCUUUGAAUUGAGGGUUGGGGGCUCGGGUGGCCAGCAU